AUGUGGGACUUUAAGAAGGUGGCACUUUGUCUGCCUAUCCUGCUCGCAGUGGCCCUAGCACAAGAUCCCGUCUGGAGCAACUCGCAGGUCAGAAAGCGGAGCCAGAGGGGCAGGAACAGGAAACAGGCCUACAACACGGUGCUGGGGUCCCAGACCACAGGGCCGACCGAGUGGACAUCCUGGUUCAACAUCGACCACCCCGGGGGGAACGGCGACUACGAGAGGCUGGAGGCCAUCCGCUUCUACUACCGCGAGAGGGUGUGCACGCGGCCCGUCGCCAUGGAAGCGCGCACCACUGACUGGGUGUCCGCCGCGGACACCGGCGAGGUGGUGCACUCCAGCCUGGAGAAGGGCUUCUGGUGCAUCAACAAGGAGCAGCCGUACGGCCGGCUCUGCUCCAACUACCACGUCCGCUUCCAGUGCCCGCCAGUGCAGGCCUACUGGACGGACUGGACGGCCUGGAGCAGCUGCUCGACCACGGCCUGCAGUGACGUGGGCAUCCAGGUGCGGGAGCGGACGUGCGUGAGCAAGCAGCCCCAGACCCGGCUCCUCUCCCCGCCCUGCGAGGGCCCUCAGAUCGAGAGGCGCGAGUGCGCCUCCCCUCCCUGUCGAGCCGACUGGAGCCCUUGGGGCCCGUGGACCACCUGCUCGGUGACCUGUGGCAGGGGGCGAAGGGUGAGGAGAAGAACCUGCCAGAAAACCUCCGUCACCGUGCACUGCCCGGGACGUCCCGUGGAGCUUCAGAAGUGUGGGAAAGCCCCGUGUCCAGCGGCGUGCCAGCGCGUGUGCUCAGAGGGCCGGCCCAGCAGUGACUGCAGCCGCUGUGUGUGUGAGGGCCACGUGCUGCGCGGGGAGGUGAAGGGCUCCACCGGCGUCCCCGUGUCCGGGGCCCGAAUCACGCUGGACGGCCAGGACGAGCUCGUCCGCGCCCGCACGGACGCCCGCGGCCUCUUCACCGUCCCGGGGGUCUGCUCCCGCGCUCCCACCCUCGUCACCUUCCAGAGGGAGAAGUUCGCCCCCGUCACCAUGCCAACGUCCAGCAACAGCACCGGAACGUCCUGGGUCCAGGCGGUCAUGAUGUCAUCCGAGAAGCCGUACAUGGAGAAACACCCAGAGGACAAAGUGCGCUACGAAGGGCAGCGUGCCACACUGUGCUGCAAAGCCACCGGGACGCCCGCACCAGACAAAUACUACUGGUAUCACAACGGCACUCUGCUGGAUCGCAGCGUGUACAAGUAUGCAGAGGACCUGACACUGAGGGACCUGACGCCGGGGCAGACCGGGCAGUACCACUGCAAAGCCACUAGUCAGGCCGGCAGCAUUAAGUCCUCCCCAGCUCUCCUGACUGUGCUCGCUAAAGGCACACCCGCCUGCGUAUCCACUCCUGAAAGCCACCUAAUCAAGCUGCCAAUAGACUGUGUGCAACCGGGAACUAACUCCAUGUUCUAUGACGCCGGGAGUUGCCCCCAUAACAAGUGUGUGGGAUCUCUGGACUUUGACCUCCGCUGUAGGGAUGGGGGCAGCUAUUGCUGUGGAGUGAAGCGCUUGGAAACCCGGGAGAUCAACUGCGGCAGCUACGUCCUGCCGAUCCGCGCCAUUGUCGAAUGCGGCUGCCAGAAAUGCGUGGAGCCCAAGGUUCUGGUGCGGGGCCGGGUAGUCGCCGCGGACAACGGGGAACCCCUACGCUUUGGGCACAUCUACAUCGGGAAGGAGAGAGUGGGCACCACCGGGUACCAGGGAAGCUUCACCGUCCAGGUGUCUCCCGAUACGGAGAGGCUGGUGGUGAACUUUGUGGACCGGCUGGAGAAGUUCAUCGACACCAUCAAGGUUUUCAUCUUCGAUAGGAAGGGGGGUGCUGUCUACCACGAUGUGAAGGUGAUGCGGAAAAAGGAACCGGUCGACAUCAACUCGACGGAGACCAACACAAUCUACCUGGGAGAGAUCAAAGACGAGGAUCCUAUCGGCCAGAUAGUUAUACCUCCAAAUUCUUUUCACAAGAACAACGGGGAGGUUUAUGAGGGCACUGUGAAAGCCAGUGUUACCUUCAUUGACCCCAGGAAUAUCACCACUGCCCCUGCCGCACCAGGAGACCUCAACUUUGUCAACAAUGAAGGAGACAUGUUUCCUCUCCGGACCUAUGGGAUGUUUUCUGUUGACUUCAGAGACGAAAGCAACCAGGAGGCCCUCGGGGCUGGCUCCGUACAGGUGCUUCUGGACACAGAGCACGUCAAAAUGCCACAGCACAUUUCCAAUAUGAAGCUAUGGUCCUUGAACCCGGAAACAGGAAUCUGGGAAGAAGAGAGCGACUUCCAGUCCACUCAGGCCACCGGUGAGGGGAAUGGGAGAAGCAAGCGGGAGGAGCGCACUUUCCUCAUCGGGAAUAUGGAAAUCCGGGAGCGCAGACUGUUCAACCUGGACGUGCCAGAAAACCGCCGCUGCUAUGUCAAGGUGCGGGCAUACAUGAGCGACAAGUUUCUGCCCAACGAGCAGCUUGAGGGAGUCGUCAUAAACCUUAUCAACCUGGAGCCCAAGCCUGGAUACUCUGCCAAUCCAAGGGCAUGGGGCCGUUUUGAUAGUGUGUUGACCGGACCCAAUGGAGCCUGCCUGCCUGCCUUCUGUGAUCCUAUAAGGCCCGAUGCUUAUACGGCUUAUGUUACAGCCAUAAUGGGAGGGGAAGAACUAGAAGCAGCUCCCUCAGCCCCUAAAAUGAAUCCCAAUAUCAUUGGAGUAUCCCAGCCAUGUCUGAACAAGAUAGAAUACCGGCGGUCAGACCACGAGGAUCCAGCUCUCAAGAAAACCGCCUUCAAAAUAAAUUUGCCCAAGCCUAAUCAGAACAAUUUUGAUGAAACGAACGGGCCGAUAUACCCCUAUCAGGGUUUGAUAGCUUGCGAAAAUGCACCCAUCGACGCCAAUCACUUCCGCUUCUUUCGCGUGGAGAAGGACAAGUACGAGUACAACGUGGUCCCGUUCGAGGAGAGUGACCUGACGACGUGGACCGGCGACUACCUCGCCUGGUGGCCGAACCCCCAGGAAUUCCGAGCCUGUUACAUCAAGGUGAAGAUUAACGGGCCCAACGAGGUCAUGGUGAGGUCCCGUAACUUUGGUGGCUCUCACCCUGCCACGAGGGGCGAGCUCUACGGCCUCAGGGAUAUCCGCAGCACCCGAGACAUGCAUGUGGCUAACAUCUCCUCCGCGUGCCUGGAAUUCAAGUGCAGCGGAAUGCUUUUCGACCAAGACAUCGUUGACAGGUCGCUCAUCGCGGUCCUCCCCCAGGGCAACUGCCGACGAGUGGGCAUCAACGGCCUCUUGCAGGAGUACCUCACCAAGCACCCUCCCGUCAUGCAGAACAAUGAGAGCUUUGCCUUCAACAUGCUGGCCCCUGUCGACCCGCUCGGGCACAACUACGGCAUCUACACGGUCACGGACCAGAACCCUCGGGUGGCCAAGGAGAUCGCAAUCGGGCGUUGCUUCGACGGUACCUCCGAUGGAUUCUCCCGGGAGAUGAAGGCUGAUGCUGGGGUGGCGUUGACUUUCGCCUGCCCAGAGAGGACUGUGACACGGGAGAGCCUUUUCCAGCGCCUGCAGACCAACCCUGGCCAAACUCUGGCCCAGGUGGCCCAGGACAUGAGAGAGGCAGGAGGGGUGCAGGUCGGGAGAGGGGAGCCCCGAGUGGUAGCCUACCCUUCAGGCCAGCAGAGCCGGACCCAGUCUCGUAGGACCAGUACCACCAGCAGAAGGAGAACUCAAACCAGGACACGGAUUCCUCAGUAGAAUUACUGUUUGAAAAAAUAUAUUGUCCACGGGGAAAGUACAGUGAGAAAUGUGAAGAUGAAGAUAUCACACAAAACAAAGAUGGAGAUCCCAACCUCAAACAAGCUGUUGAUGUUGGACAUGAAAGCUUUCCUGACACCUAGUGAGCAUGUAUCUCGCAGAAAACAAUGCUCUCAUCACCUGCACAUACCCAUCAUGCACAGAGCAAAACAGAUUCAUUAAGAUCACAUUGCCUAAGUCAAAAGAUCAGUUUGACACUAGAGCAGACACAACUACCAACUAGUUCAUGAAAUGUACCAUUUGUAUUCAUUAUAUUCACAGCAUUCCAGAUUCUUGACAAUUUUUCCCAUACAGGAUAGAGUACUUUAGUUUGAAGGCCUCGCGAAAAUAAGAACAUGAGCUCCAUGUUGAAACGUGUCUAACAGCACAUUCACUUCUGUGAAUGCAAAAGUGUGAAAUCUGUCAUUCUGCUAAUGAAAGACACAUUUUUAGACAACCUUGUAGAGAGUAUGGAAUUGGGAGUUCCAGGAGAGAUACAUCUCUGUCCCUUUUUAAAAAGAACGUGUUAACAGUGCCGACAGGAAGACAGCCAGCGUUUACACUGACAGAAAAGUGCAACAGGGCUUUCGCCAAGACAAGUAUUCCUUAACAAAAUGGAUCUCACUAGUAGACUAAACAGAGGCAGCGUUAUAGAAGACCUGGACUGAAAGUAGUUUGUGAGGGGAUACACAUUUGCCUUAACAAUCUGCUCCCCCCCAUCCCCAGGAAGCUCCCUGAAUCCCAUUUUUAACUCAAUCCUACAUUUUCUCUGUAAAGAAAUCUUGUAAAUUGCAUCAUGGAGAAUUAGCUAGACUAAUCAUAAUGGUUACUUGACUGUAUAUUGUUUUUUGUUGGUGUCUUUGUCACUUGAAGUGCAAUAGUAGUGUUAAUGUUGACUUGAGUGCCCUGACAAAAAUGUCCAAAGGGGCAGCCUAAUUUAUUAUAGGAUCAUAUAUCACAUUGGCUACAUCCCACAAUGAACUGAGCUACCUAUACUACAUAUGAGCUUUGCAAAAUUAAAAUGCAACUUGGAUCAGUUGCUGUACAUUACAACGUACAUACAUCUACAGAUAACAAUUUUUUAACAUUGGGUCAAUAACCUCUGCAUUCCAAAUUGCAUGUUGGUACUAUAUGUACUGCACAGGUAAAACAAUGUUUAGCUACAUAUAACUUUGCUUCUUGCCAAUAAUGUUCUAUAUCUGUAAUUAAUUGUUCUCGCUGAUGCAUUAAGAUGGUAUUACUCCAACUCCAUAAAUUACUGAUUUCCUGCCAAACUCCUUGACAUGGGGCCAUUUUGUUUAUUUUACAUAUAAUAAAAGAUAAAAAUAAAGAUUUAAAUUGAGUUAAACUCGUGACCUUCAAUUACCCCAUUUUCCCCUGAAAAUGACUAAAAUAUGACCUUUGGGUUGCUUUCGAGUUUGACUAAAACAAAAUAUUUCAAGAUGAAAAUGUCUAGUUUUCUUCUGCUUUUUCAUCAAGUCUAAUUUAAGUCUGUAAUUAUAACUACAAUGAAGUUGUGAAAUUUAUAUUAUAGGCCAAUGAAUUGGUCUUGAAGAUCCAACUUGCUUUUGGUUUGUGCAUAAUUUGAAAUAUGAAAUAUUCAUACCCUGAUAGUGAUUCCUUAGGCUGAUGAUUGCUUUAGCUGUAUUGGCUCUGGAUUUAUUCAUCAUAAAACUUGACCACUAUUCAAGCCUAAUCAAUCCCAAAUAUACUAUUCGCCUGUAAUGCAUACAGUACAGUCCGUAAGUAUUUGGACGGUGGUAUAAUUUCCAUUCUUUUCACUCUGUACUCCAGCACCCCCAUUUUAUGGGACCAAAAGUAAUCGGACAGUUGGCUUAUGAGCCGCUUCUGAUUAGUCAGGUGUAUCCAAUCGCUUCCUUCCAUUGUAUCAUUUCAAAUACAGAGCCAAAAGAACAUACAUUACUUAUAGACUGCACUGUCGAUAUGUAUAUAAUCAAGAUAUUCUCACCAAGUCUUCACUAAUAGAAAAUUUCAAAGGCAAGCCAUAAGCUAAAAGAGCUGCUAGGCUAUUGCCACGCAGGACCUGAGCUAGCCACAGUUUGGCUAAUCAAUGUUGAUCCCCCCACUAACACAUGUUUCUGCACCAGUCUCCUCCACGGCUGUCUGGCAGGUCUCCACGAGGCUAUAACUUACUUCAGAACAUCCUCAAUAAAAUCAGCUUGUUCAGGUUUUUUCUACCAUUUUCUUGGAUACAGUUAUGUUGUUGCCAUUUCACUAUGGAAAAAUAAAUCUGGAACGCUCAUAAAAAAACAUGAAUAUAGGGCAAUUCCUCAUAUCUCUGUCUAAAUCAUUAUGUAACAUGUAUUGCAUGACUUAUCCUGCCUUUUAAAUAUUUUUGUUCCGAUUUAUGUGUACAUUGUGUA